AUGCCAAGACUGGACCUCAGGACCUCAGGACUGGACAUCUCACUAGAACUGGGUUGAUCUAAUGCCCAGGUGACUCAGCCCCUUCCCUUCCCUCUGCCCUAUUGGGUCUGCCAGGCUGUGGUGGAGGUCCAGGAGGGUGGGUCUCUGCAGUUCCAGGAUGGGUCCAUUAUCCAGGCCCAGGUCCUGCUGCUCAGUACGGGCUACAACUUCAGCUACCCCUUCAUGGAGCCAGGCCAGCUGGGCCUGGAGAUCCAGGAGCACCCUGAUAACCCACUCUACAGGUUCCUGAUGCCUCCAGCCUUCCCAUCACUCUUCAUCAUAGGCAUCUGCAAAAUUAUUUGCCCCUUCCCCCACUUUCACUGCCAGAUUGCCCUUGCAGUGACGGAGGGCUCCAUGACCCUGCGGUCACGGGCUGAGAUGGAAGAGGAGGACCAGAGAGAGAUGAAGAGGAAGGCGGAGAGGGGGGUGCAGCUCAAACAUAUGCUGAAGAUGGACAACGACCAAUGCCCAGACCUUUGCUCAGACUGGGAGGUUUUCCCCUCUGCCCCCUGUCACGCAGAGCCUGUAUGA